UACGCAAGGCAAAGAAUUUCUCAACAAUGGUCUUCCAGGAGGGAUGUCACUUCCUCAGUGAAUAUCUUUUGAGUAAACGCCUUAAUCGAUAUAGUGAUUUUUAAUUAAAAAAGAUGGAAAAUGGAUACAUCACCGCUGGAUUUGCCUGGAGGCCGGGAUCUCAAAUAGAUGUGAAACGCGUAGAGCUUCUGAUCUGCAGAGCGGAGGACAUAUAUCAGGACCACUUUGAUAACGACGAUGUUACCGUGGAAAACUUAAAAUAUUCAACUUAUAACCUGGAGCAGUGGAAUUCAGAGGGCGGGAGCUUUUGUGUCUGUCCAGCUCUUAAACCUGGCGUGUAUCAUUUCGUUUUUCGCAUAGACAAUGGGGAACAGAGAGAAUUGACAAUUUCUGAUUAUUACGACAGAACUUUUCUUGGUAAUGGUCGUGCUGUUAAUUACAUCGAAGUUUUGGCUAAUAACAAGAAAAAUUUAACACGUGCACAUGGGAACUCAGUCAAUGUGAAUUCAGUCAGUGAUGAGAAACACCAGUCCACUAAGAUGAGUAACAGCAAAGACUCACACUGCGAGCAAGACCAAAGCAACAGAUCAUGUGUUUUGUUAUGACAAACAUUUAUAGAUCAUGAAAAACAAUAAUUUUUACAAUACUAACAGGAUGGGUGGUCAACUCUAUUAUCCUAUCAAGCAACACUGCAAGCAGUAGUACUUUUACCUCUUUUACAAAAUAGGUGACAGGUAAGUGCAAAAAUGAUAUUUUUAAAACCGUUAAAUUAUAUUUUCUGUGUCAGAAAAAAAUAGAAUUACAUAGUAGUAACUUGUCAUGACAAACACAAUGAAUUACAUGAAAAAAAAGCUUUUGUAGCUCAAUCAACAAACAUUUUUACCUGUCCAACCUAUGGUUGUUUGAAUCAUAUAUAAAUAUGUAAGUAAUAAAGUAACUCCAUGUUACGAAUUGAUGUCAAUACAACUUGGCAGGAUUGUCAUACUUUGUUAGUAAUCAAUUCUGCAAUGGUCAAGUUACUUAACCUUUUUAACCUGUAUUGCAAUAUGCACUGCAUUUUGGUAAAGAAAACAUUAAAUUAUAGUGUUGCAAUCAAUGUGUUGGCAGUUUUCUAUUAUUUGUAUUACUGUAAUUCCAGUGUAAUUUAAUAUUAUUUGUUAGUACUGUGAGCCAAAUCCUUUUAUCUUUUAUAACAAUUAUUAAAGGAAUAAAUGGUUUGAGGC